AUGGGAGCUGAAGCGGGAUGGACCGCCGGCGGCGCCGGCCGCGCACCGGCGACCGACUCGGCGCGGGACGCGCCCGCCGGCACGCUGCGGCCGACACGGUUCACGUGGCGCGAGAAGAAGAUCAUCGUGUGUGUUGUGACGGGCCACAUGCUGUUCGGCAGCAUCGGCGGCGUGCUGGUGCCGUUCUUCCCCACUGAGGCGCAGCGUCGCGGUGUGUCGCAGACGCUUGUGGGCGGCGUGUUCGCCUCGUUCGCGUUCUCGCAGUUCGUCUUUUCGCCGCUGGUGGCCAAGCUGGUGCCGGUGCUGGGCGCGUCGCGCGUGUUCCAGGUAGGUCUCUUCACGGCCGGCGUCUCGACCGUGGCGUUCGGCCUGCUGGACUGCAUUCCCGACGCCGGCGCCUUCAUCGCCGCCUGCUACGUGCUGCGCGUUGUGGAGGCGCUGGGCACGGCCUGUUUCGUCACGGCCGCCUACACCAUCGUGGCCAACCAGUUCCCGGCGGACCUGAACCUGCUGGUGGGCAUCAGCGAGACCAUGGUGGCGGUGGGGAUCGCCUUGGGACCCGCGCUCGGUGGCGGCCUCUUCGCGGUUGGCGGUUACGGGCUGCCUUUCUACGCGCUUGGCGGGCUGAUCCUGGCCGUGACUUUCAUGACGCGCGUGCUGCUGGGCUCCGUCGAGGCCUGGCUGAACGUAGUGGUGCUGCUGGUGGUGGCGGUAGACUGGAUGUCGCUGGACCCGGGCCUGGCGCCGUACGUCUCCGCCCAGCUGGGCAUCACCCCGGCCGAGCUCGGCCUCUACUAUCUGCUCGCCAGCGGCACGUUCGCCAUCGCGGGCCCGUUUUGGGGCAAGCUGUGCGACCGGCUGCCCAACAACUACGUGCAGAUGACGGCGUGCCUGACGCUGGCGGCCGUCGGACUGGCGCUGAUCCCCCGCACGCUGGUGGCGCUCGGGCUCACCAUGCGGGAGCUGUUCCUGGGCGGCGGCUACAUCCCCACCUUCGCCAACAUCCUGCGCGCCGGCACCGAGGCCGGCCUGCCGGACGACAUGGCCACGCAGGCGUACGUGACCAGCGUGUGGUGCGACGACAAGGACCGUGAUAACGCUGGAUUUGUGAUCCACGACCGCGUGGCGCCACAGAACGGCCGCGAGGUCUCGACCUUUGACGAUGUCUCUGUCAACGCCUGGCGACCUCCUUGA